AUGAAUGAGUCUCAAAAGCGAGACAUCCAAACAGGAGACUAUCCAACCAAACACCUCUUACAGCACCAUCUCUUCAAACCCAAUUCUCCUUACCUCGCAGAAGAUGAGCGCGUAGCAAUCAGUUAUCAGCGAGCCCGCGAGAUCGGGAGGGCAUAUGAAUUCACAGCACACGAUAUCCAUAAAUUAACUCCGAAGUUUUGGAAAUUGCAUGCUGAUCCGAUCAAUACUCGCGAUAACGCAGCUUUCACUUUACUUACUAUUCAAUACAACCUUGCGGCUGGGACUAUUGCUCCGUAUGCUGCUAAGCUUCCUCAUUUACAGACGUUGCUGAAAUCUAUUUUGAAUUUUGAUGUGAGUGCACAAUAUCUUUUAACGGAGGUGGGUCACGGACUUGAUGCUCCAAACCUCGAAACCACCGCAACACUUCUCACAGACGGCGGAUUUGAACUACAUACUCCUCAUGAUGGAGCUGUCAAAAUCAUGCCCCCCACGAGUCCACGGGGCAUACCCUGUGUAGGUGUAGUCAUGGCUCGACUCCUAGUCAACGGCCAAGAUCGCGGAAUUCGCCCAUUCAUUGUCAACAUCAACAACGGUAAACACAUGUACAAAGGCAUCACAUCCAGAAACCUCCCCACACGCACAGGUUCCAAACCCCUCCACCACUCCCUAACCACAUUCACGCACCUCAACCUCCCACCCACCUCCCUCCUCGGCGCUCUCUCCACCCCAGAACCCCAUUUCCAAGCCACCAUCUGGCGCGUCGGCGUCGGUUCCCUCGCAUUAUCACUAACCUACAUCCCGAUCCUAAAAGUCAGCCUCUACAUCGUAAGCCAAUACUCCCUACGCCGACUCAUCCAACAAAACCGUCUCCCAAUCAUCACAUUCAGCACGCAGCACCGCCCGCUCCUCUUCGCGCUCUCUCGAAUUACGGUCUGGGAAUCCUACGCUGGGGCAGCGUUGAGGUUGUAUUUGGAUGCUAAUUUGAGCGACAAAGUGCGAGCUGGGAUCGCAGCGGCGUUCAAAGCGUGUUUGACGAGGGGAGUGCAGGGGAGUUUGUAUUGGCUUGCGGAGCGGUGCGGGGCGCAGGGACUGUUUGUCCAUAAUCAGAUUGUGGAGUUGCAGCUUGCGGCGCGGGGGGUGUCGAUUGCGGAGGGGGAUGUUUUGGCGUUGUGUAUUCGAUUGGCGACUGAGCUGUUGAUCGGUAGAUACGCUUUGCCUGCACCUACAAAUCCCUCUUGUUUUCUGGCACUCCAUGAAGCGGGCUUGUUCCAGGAAGCUAGAUCCCUUAUGUCCACUAUGUCUUCUCACCGCAGCCCAGAGUUCAACCAGCUGAUUCUCCCGCUCUGUCAGCCACUAGUUGAGAGCAUAGGAGAACGAAUGGCGUACGAAGCUGCUGUUGCGGAUAACAUCGACAAAGACAUUCUGGACUUGUAUGAAGUAAGUGCUAUGAUGAGAGACUUGAGCUGGUUUACGGAGAAUUUGGGGAUGACGAGGGAGGAAGUGAAGAGGAGGGAAAGUGAGACGUAUGGGAAGGUGUUGGGGAAAUUUGGUGCUUGUUUGAGGGGGUUGGGUGUGGAGGAGUAUUGUACGGCGCCUAUUAUGACUGAACAGGGGUCGAAGGCUUUUAUAGACGGUCUGAAAGUAUUUGGAAGUGAAGAACGGGAUGAGGGGACGGUGAAGGCUAAAUUAUAG